CGCGCGCACCACCCCUCCCCGCCCGGCGACUACAAAUCCCAUCCUGCCCUGCGCCCGCGCACAUUACGCCAGAGCAAGAUGGCCGACGCGACGGCCACUGCCGGGGCCGGUGGCUCCGGAACGAGAUCAGGAGGUAAACAGUCCACUAACCCUGCAGAUAACUACUAUCUGGCCCGGAGGCGAACCCUGCAAGUGGUUGUGAGCUCCCUGCUGACAGAAGCAGGGUUUGAGAGUGCUGAGAAAGCAUCUGUGGAAACACUGACAGAGAUGCUGCAGAGCUACAUUUCAGAAAUUGGGAGGAGUGCCAAGUCCUACUGUGAGCACACAGCUAGGACCCAGCCCACGCUGUCAGAUAUCGUGGUCACACUUGUUGAGAUGGGUUUUAAUGUGGACACUCUCCCUGCCUAUGCAAAACGGUCUCAGAGGAUGGUCAUCACUGCCCCUCCCGUGACCAAUCAGCCGGUGGCCCCCAAGGCUCUAACUGCAGGGCAGAACCGACCCCACCCACCGCACAUCCCCAGCCACUUCCCUGAGUUCCCCGACCCCCACACCUACAUCAAAACUCCGACCUACCGGGAGCCUGUGUCCGACUACCAGGUUCUGCGGGAGAAGGCUGCAUCCCAGAGGCGUGACGUGGAGCGGGCACUCACCCGUUUUAUGGCCAAGACAGGCGAGACCCAGAGUCUUUUCAAAGAUGACGUCAGCACAUUCCCAUUGAUUGCUGCCCGACCUUUCUCCAUCCCCUACCUGACUGCUCUUCUUCCAUCUGAACUGGAGAUGCAGCAAAUGGAGGAGACGGACUCCUCAGAGCAGGACGAGCAGACCGACACAGAGAACCUCCCUCUUCACAUCAGCACGGAUGAUUCUGGAGCCGAGAAGGAGAAUACCUCUGUCCUGCAGCAGAACCCCUCCUUGUCGGGGAGUCGGAACGGGGACGAGAACAUCAUCGAUAACCCCUACCUGCGCCCUGUGAAGAAACCCAAAAUCCGCAGGAAGAAGUCUCUCUCGUGAGCUGAGGAGGAAGCCUGUCCUGUACAGAGAUGCGGACACCACCCUCCUGAGGGAGUUGAAGUCACUCAAAGGGAAGCAGCGAGGGUGGCCUCCCCCGGUCCAGCUGAGGCUGCUGCGGUGUGACAGGACAUGAUUUUAAUAGCAAACUCUGUGUUAAGAUUUCCUAUUUUCCCUGGAUGUUUGGGUUGAGGAAGAUAUGAUGGUAAUAAUAGGAGGCUUUUUUAACCAACCAGGUUGUACCAUAGGGCAUAGGAGCAGCCGAUAACUUCAUUUAUUGUCACAGGACCUGAUUCCUUUGAAACCAGGGAAGGCGGCAGGAAAGAAGGGGUUCGGUGCCUUCUUGGCUUGUUGCCAGAAAGACUGUUUGCCUAUUUCUGUUUCAGGCUAUUAGGACUCCUAUUAUUGACUCACAGACAAUUUGUAGCACCAGCGUAUCAUCCUAGAACCUCCUUUUGUCUUUCCUCACCUGGGCUCCAAGUGCCCUGUUGAGCUGACCUAAGGUGACUUUGCCUUCCCUCACCUCAGGACUGGAGGCCCACACGUCACCCCUUGAUCUGGGGCCGGCAGGAACCGGGAGGUGGGAGCAGAAACAUAAGAUGGAGGAGAGGUGCAGAGCAGUGCGCUGAGUCUCUCAUCAGCCUUUGAUGGGCGUGCCCUGGAACAAGGCAACUCUGUUGGAACAUUUAUCAUUUAUUGUCCCUCUUGGAAUGUGUGCUGGGGAACUACCAAGGCCUGUCCCGUCCCGGGAAGAGUUUCCUCUGACAAGAGCCUCUGUCAGUGAUACGUUGUGCUGUGACUGGAUAGAGGAAUCACCAGUGUAAACAGCAGGAAAGGGAUUUGAUGGGGUGCGGAGGCUGGGCCCUGCACCCUGAGAGCAGAGGAGCCAGGCAGGUGUGCCGGGGGGGCUGCCGGCAGGGCCAGAAAGCCACGCUCGCACCUUAUGCAGAAGUGCGCUGAGAGGAGCCAGCAGCCAGGCCAGGUGUUCUUCCAGAAGCAGGUCUGAAUCUGUUCAACCUCUUUGCUUCCUGGGGAGAGAUCUCAUCCUUCAUGUGCUCUACAGAUCAAAGAACAAGUGCUCACGGACGAUGCUGGACGAGCUGAUCCCUUUGGGCUGGUCUCCGAGGGAAGAGAUUUAACAACCAAGCCUCGGGAAGAAACAGGCCUGGAGGUUGUCAUGGGGCAGACGGAGCGUUCCCUGGGCAGGCGCCCUGAUGUCCGUGCUGAGCUUUCCUGUACUUGGCCCCCACAUCGUCUCUCCAUCUUCCAUGCUCUUGGUGAACUUGAAAACUCAAAAAACUCGGUGGCUUGACAGCAGGCUCCACAUCCCUCUGGCCUCACUGUUCUCUAGGGCACUUCAUACGUCACUCAGAAGGAAGGGGCUGCUUGUCAGUAACUGAAGAGGGGAUCCCAGUGAGAAAAGUGGGUUCCCCAGCGUUGGACCAAAUGCGAGUUUUUUGGGCUUAUGGUGACCUGAGUGAAACUCUUCCCACGGAAAGCAGUCAGGCGGGCCAGUGCCGACCCUGGGAGUUUGUGGUCGGCUCUUGGUGAUUCUUGGUCUGCUGAGUUUGACUGCAGUCCCAGGUGGAGUCUCGGCAGAGGCAGGAGGAAACCUUCCCGGCUUGCUGUCUUCCCGGCUCUGGGAGCGGUCACCCUGUCAGUGUUCCCGCAGCCCCCCCUGCUGCUGCCAUUCAGAACCGACGCUCGGUGGGUGAGUGCCCCGCGCUAAGGGAGAAGGCGAGAUUUGGAAGAGCCACCAGUGCUGCUGCGGGGGUUCUGUUCCGGAGGAGAUGCCGGGAGACGGUUGGACAACCAGAAACACUGGCUGGACUGUUGUUCUGUAAAAGCUGUGCCUGCUCCUCAGCGUAUAUUUACACAUUUCUAUUUUUUAUAAUUUGGGGGGAGUUCUUGGAGGAAAAAACUAGUAAAUACAAUAAGAUUAAGAAUGUGAGUUGUAAGCUCUUAAUAAAAGGUCAUGAGAAAAACUUUGUAAAUAGAA